CCCUUUCUUUCUUUCAUUCAGAAAAAAAUCACACAAACCCAGCCAAAAAACCCUAGCACUGUGAGCCUACACCACCGCCGCAAGGAGUGGCAUACUGCCGCCGUCCGUCUUCAACCCCUGUUCCCUGUCACCGAUCGCGGCUGCUUCCUCGAGCUCGGCGUCCGUCGUCUUUGUCUGCUCAGCCGCGCUUCCGUCGCCGUUUGUUUGCCGUUCACGUUCGCGUCUUCGUUCAGCUGUCGUCUUCGUUCGCGUUCUUCGCCGUUCACCGUCGAGUUCGCAUUCGUGUUUGGAAGCCACGUUGCUCUGCUUCAAACUCUGCGACCAACCCGCGCGCUCCACCUAGCCGUCGAACUGUUCUCUUUUAUCGCCGCCGAAAAAUAAAGAUUGGUAACUGCAUGAGAAAAGACUGGCCAAAUGAAAUAGUAAGGCAUGUUUAAAGUUGACUCUGCGGACAGACCCUAAGAGGGAUAGCGAAGGGAGAUGGAGAGAGGAGACUGGGGAGAGAGAGAGGAAAGGUGGCUCCAUGAAACUUGCGACCACCAUGGUUUGUUCAUUUAGAUUUUUCGGCGACUCACCAACUAUGGAAGACAGCAACCUCAUGUCCGGUGGCGGCUCAGAUGAAGUAGCCAUUGGUGAACCACGUGGUAAGACUUUGGGGACUUCCACCUUUUAUCACAUUUGGUGACUUUCCAACGCCAAUAUUUGAAGCACAUGCAGACAAAUGAGACCAAUUCCUAUAGAUAUAGCUAGCAAACAAAAGCAUCAGGAAGAAGGAUAUAGUGACAUGUGGAGCUAUAUGCUGGAUUUAUAGGAAAUAAAAAUAAAAAUAAAAAUGAUCAAAAAGAAAAAGAAAAGUGACACUAGAUGGCCCAAACAGCGGGAACUUUUGGGCCCAGAUACUAUUAGUUUUCUAAUCCAACUCUGCUUCCACUUGUUCUCUGUCUCACCCCACCGAAGAUCUCGUCACUCCUUCAUCUCUCAGCCUUGAGCAAUUGAGCCUUCAGGCCUUCACCAUCGCUGUUGUCGUUAGUUCUGCAGUCGUGCAGUCGUGUAUGCAUCAAGCUCAUUAGGUACAGGCAUCCUGGAAUGGUUCUUCCUUUCACAAGAUACAUUCCAUUGCACAACUGUUUGGUCAGAAAGGCUUCAACUUUGCAGAGAUUUUUUCCUGGGCAUUUCAAUCCCAUUUUGCAAAAAAUUUCCACUUCUAGUAGUAGUGACUGUGAAAGAUUACCAUGGGAACGUUCUACCCAAGCAAUUCUACUAGGGAAGCUCAAAACUGCUUUGAGAAACCAUCAGAUGCAUGAAGGAUGGGAAUCCUUUCAGGAUUUUAGGACACUGUAUGGGUACCCUGAGGUUCGGUUGCUAAACCAGCUCAUUGUUCAGCUGUCUUAUUCAUCUAAUCAUUCUUGGACGAGAAAAGCUUUUGAUUUGGUUUUGCAGGUGGUUGAAGAGGAGAAUAAUUCUGGUUUGGUUCAUGUUGAUACGUUAACCAAACUUGCACUUUCUUUGGCAAGGUUGCAAAUGUCAACCUCUGCAGCGGUGAUUCUUAGAUUGAUGCUGGAUAAGGGGUGUGUGCCCCCUAUGCAUUUGUUGUGCUUGGUCUUCUUGCACCUUGUGAAGACAGAGAUUGGAGCAUAUAUUGCAUGUAAUUAUUUGUCUCAGGUUUGUGACUUUUACAUUUGCUUGAAGGAUAAAAAGGCUCAAUCUGCGGAUGUGGUUAAGCCAGAUGCAUCAAUCUUUUGCCUUGUUCUUGAUGCUUGUGUGAGGUUUAAUUUACCCUUGAAGGGCUUGUUGCUGAUUGAAUUAGUGGCACUAACUGGGACAGUGGUUGAUGCACACACUGUUGUAAUAGUUUCACAGAUUCUAGAGAUGAAUGGUUUAAGAGAUGAAAUAAGGGAAUUAAAAGAUCACAUUGAUAGUGUGUCAGCUGCUUUCAUUCGCCUCUAUCGACAAUUCUAUGAUAGUUUGUUGAGCUUGCACUUCAAGUUUAAUGACAUUGAUGCUGCUGCUAAGCUUGUUUUUGAUAUGAAUAGUUCACAUAAUCGUCAUGAUCAUAAAGAAAAUAGGAAAGAUCUUAAAAACCCUUGCUCUAUUGCAAUUGGAUCGCGUAACCUUAGGACUGGACUAAAGAUACAUAUUGAGCUUGAGCUGCUGCAGAAUGAUUCUGUCGUUAAACCUGAAGGUAGACAAGACCUGAUCUUUUAUAGGGGUCAAAAACUUGUUCUCAGCAACAGAGCACUGGCAAAAUUCAUUACCGGUUACAAGAAAGAUGGGAGGAUUAGUGAACUUUCAAAGCUUUUACUUAGCGUUCAAGAGGAACUAUAUUCAGUAGCAGGAUCUCGUUUGUGUUCUGAUGCAAUUGGUGCUUGCAUUCACUUUGGAUGGCUUGAAUCUGCUCAUGACAUUUUGGAUGAUGCAGAGGCUGCUGGAUCUCCAUUGGACUGGGAUACAUAUAUGUUACUCUUGUCAGCAUAUCGUAGGCGCAGAAUGCAAAGAGUAGCAAAGGCACUGCUAAAACAAAUGACAAGGGUUCAUUUGGAUAAUGAAUUGGCUGAUGAUACUAUCCACGAACACUUUCACUGUGUGGAAACAUCAGAUUCACUUGGUAAAUCGAAUUUGGUUGUCACCUUGGUUCAAAUAUUGAAAGAUGAAGAUCAGAUUUUCCCUUUGGUGUACGAGUUUAAUUCUUCCAUCCACUUCUUUUGCAUGGCUAGAAUGAUGGAAGAUGCACUAAAGGUGUAUAGAAGAAUGGUUGAAAUGAACAUUCAGCCCACUAUUCAGACUUUUGCUUAUCUGCUACGUGGAUAUUCAUCUCUUGGUAUGUAUCGCGAGAUCACAAUCUUGUGGGGAGAGAUUAAGAGAUUCAUGAAGGGUUGUGGUUUUCCGGCAAAUAGAGAUUUAUACGAGUUACUACUAAUAAACUUUCUUCGCGGUGGAUACUUUGAGCGAGUGAUGGAAGUCAUUGGCCAUAUGAGAGACCAAAACAUGUAUGCUGAUAAGUUGAUGUAUAAAGUUGAGUUCUUAAGACUUCACAAAAAUCUUUAUAAGAGUUUAAAAGCAUCAGAUGCAAGAACAGAAGCACAACUCAAAAGGCUUGAGCAUGUUCAGGAGUUUAGGAAAUGGGUGGGUAUAGUUUGAGUUUUCCAAUAUAUCCAUCUGUCAUGGUGUACUUUUUGUGGUAUUAUUCAUUAAUCCUAUCAAUCAUCAAAUGGAUCCAUCAUUUGAUCUUUGCUCAUUAAUCAUAGAAUCAUAGCUGCUGUUCUUUGCCGAGAAAUGCAAUUAUGUUGCCAGUUGCAACCUUUGUAGAUGAAAUCAUUUUCAUGGUUGAUGAUGUUUGAACUAUUAUUGCACUACCAUUGGGGAUUUUCCUUGAGGGUAAAGCUUAUAUCGAAGGGAUUUAUGAACACAUGCAAUAGAACUUUAGUGAUUUAAUGCAUGUAAAUUGAUUUAAUUAUGAAGGGGAGCCUCGGAGCAGCGGAUGAGUUGUCUCCACGUGACCUCAAGGUCACGGGUUCAAGCCGUGGAAACAGCCACUGAUAUAAUUAUCAGGUUAGGCUGCGUACAUUACAACUUUGGUUGCGGC